AUGGCCGAAAUCCGCCGAAAGCUCGUCAUCGUCGGCGACGGUGCCUGUGGCAAAACCUGUCUGUUGAUCGUCUUCUCCAAGGGCACUUUCCCCGAGGUCUACGUCCCCACCGUCUUCGAGAACUAUGUCGCCGACGUCGAGGUCGACGGCAAGCAUGUUGAGCUGGCCCUUUGGGAUACCGCUGGCCAAGAGGACUACGAUCGUCUCCGUCCCCUCUCAUACCCCGACUCUCACGUUAUUCUGAUUUGCUUCGCCAUCGACUCCCCCGACUCUCUCGACAACGUCCAGGAGAAGUGGAUCUCCGAAGUCCUUCACUUUUGCCAGGGUCUUCCCAUCAUCCUCGUCGGAUGCAAGAAGGAUCUCCGCUACGACCAAAAGGUCACAAAUGAGCUGGCCAAAACGAGCCAGAAGCCUGUCAGCCCCGAAGAGGGUGAAGAGAUUCGCAAGAAGAUUGGUGCGUACAAGUACCUCGAGUGCUCCGCCAAGACCAACGAGGGUGUCCACGAGGUUUUCGAACACGCCACCCGUGCUGCUCUGCUUUCGCGCAGUAGCCGCACCAAGCACAAGAAGUGCCGCAUCCUGUAA